CCCAAAUCUCCUCCAUGUGCUCUUUCACGCCCUGUCCACACAGCGCAGGAAGCGGCGACGCGCAGCGGAAUCAAAGGUGCACGUCGAGAAUCAUCCGCGCCGGAGGCUGAACGCGAGAAGUUCCUCCUCAUUCGGCCCGGAGUCCCAGAGAAGCGGGGACCAUUGCCUGGUGCAGCUGUAUCGGGGAGAAGGCUCGGGAGGAGGUGACGCUGCGGGACGACAUGACCGAGAAGGACACCGCCACGGAGAAGAUACUAACAGACGCGAUGGCCAAUCCCUCUCCAGCAAAGAGCACGGGCGAGCCCGGGAUCACCCCGCUGUCUCCGUCUCACACUCAGCAGAACGACACGGACCAGGUGCCGUCGGGCCCGUCCUUCGUGGUGGUGGUCGCCAUUGAUUUUGGCACCACGUCCAGCGGUUACGCUUACGCCUUCACGAAGGAGCCCGAGUGCAUCCACACCAUGAGGCGUUGGGAGGGCGGGGACCCUGGGGUGUCCAAUCAGAAGACUCCCACCACGAUCCUGCUGACUCCAGACAGGAAGUUCCACAGUUUUGGCUACGCGGCGCGCGACUUCUACCACGACCUGGACCCCAGCGAGUCCAAACAAUGGCUGUAUCUGGAAAAAUUCAAAAUGAAGCUCCACACUACCGCAAAUCUGUCCAUCGACACAGACCUGCACGCAGCCAAUGGGAGGCGAGUGAAAGCUCUGGAUAUUUUUGCGUAUGCGCUGGCCUUCUUCAAGGAGCAGGCACUAAAGGAGCUGAGCGAUCAGACAGGCAGUGAGUUUGACAACAAUGACGUGAGAUGGGUGAUCACUGUUCCCGCCAUCUGGAAGAUGCCCGCCAAGCAGUUCAUGAGGGAAGCUGCGUAUAAGUCCGGCCUGGUGUCCCGUGAAAUCCCGGAGCAGCUGAUCAUCGCCUUAGAACCGGAGGCGGCGUCGAUCUACUGCCGCAAGCUCCGCCUCCACCAGAUGGUGGACCUGGCCUCCCAGAACGGCACCCAGAACGGCUGCAGCCCCACGGACAACGUGGGCAGCGGGAUGACCCAAGCAAAGGAGAAUGUCCGGCGCAACCGGCAGAGCCGCACCUUUUUGGUGGAAAAUGUCAUAGGGGAGCUUUGGUCGGAGCUGGAAGAAGGUGACCGCUAUGUGGUGGUGGAUUGUGGCGGAGGAACAGUGGACCUGACAGUGCAUCAGAUCCGUCUUCCAGAGGGACAUCUCAAAGAGCUCUACAAGGCCUCAGGCGGACCCUACGGCUCCCUCGGCAUUGACUAUGAAUUUGAGAAGCUGCUGUGUAAGAUCUUUGGCCAGGAUUUCAUUGACCAAUUUAAGAUCAAGAGGCCGGCGGCCUGGGUGGACCUGAUGAUUGCGUUUGAGUCUCGGAAGAGGGCAGCGGCCCCUGAUAGAACCAACCCCCUCAAUAUCAACCUGCCCUUCUCCUUUAUCGACUACUACAAGAAGUUCCGGGGCCACAGCGUGGAACACGCCCUGCGCAAAAGCAAUGUGGAUUUCGUGAAAUGGUCGUCGCAGGGGAUGCUGAGGAUGAGUCCAGAAGCUAUGAAUUCCCUCUUCAAGCCCACCAUAGACCACAUCAUCCAGCAUCUGACUGAUUUGUUCGAGAAGCCGGAGGUGAGCGACAUUAAGUUCCUGUUCCUCGUGGGAGGUUUUGCCGAGUCCUCCCUGCUGCAGCUGGCCGUCCAGAACAUGCUCCAGGGCCGCAGCCGCAUCAUCAUCCCGCACGACGUCGGCCUCACCAUCCUGAAAGGUGCCGUGCUGUUCGGCCUGGACCCCAGCAUCAUCAAAGUCCGCCGCUCGCCCCUCACAUACGGCGUGGGCGUCCUCAACCGCUUCGUGGAGGGCAAGCACCCGGCGGAGAAGCUGCUGGUGAAGGACGGCACGCGCUGGUGCACCGACGUCUUCGACACCUUCAUCGCCGCCGACCAGUCGGUGGCGCUGGGCGAGCUGGUGAAGCGCAGCUACACCCCGGCCAAGCCCUCCCAGCAGGUCAUCGUCAUCCACGUCUACUGCUCCGAGAAGGAGAAGGCGAGCUUCAUCAGCGAGCCCGGCGUCCGGAAGUGCGGCACGCUCCGCCUGGACGUGAGCGGGACGGAGAGCGCCGCGCCGCGCCGCGAGAUCCAGACGCUCAUGCAGUUCGGCGACACGGAGAUCCGGGCCAUGGCGGUGGACGUGUCCACCGGACGCACCGUCAAAGCCAGCAUCGACUUCCUGAGCCAGUGAGAAGAGAAGGAGAGAGGGCGAAGAAUGACGUCACGGUCGGGAACCAACGGAAAGGAAACAUAAGGCUUGCAACACGCACACGCACACACACACACACACAAGGUGGGGAUAUUUACUAUGAAGGGGUUAAUGAUGAUGAAUCUCGAGUCCCUCUCAGUUUAUAGUGUUGGAGGGAAUGGGCUUGAAUGUCGAAUCCAUGUGAGGAUGAGGGAGAGAAGAAGAGUCCGGAUGGGUUCUGGGGCCCCCUGAGGAGUUCAUAGACGGCGCGCCGAGGCUCCACACGGCAACGACAGAGGCCAUAGCGUACGACAGGACGGCCGUUCAGAUCCUCUCUGAGCGAUUCUCAAAUAGUCAGGAAAAAAACCGGGGGAAAAAAGACAUAAAAGUACCAUCCGCAUCCAGAAUGUGUCUUUGCACACCUCCCUUCUCAGACGCAGGUCAUUGCUUAUCCGCGCACGCAACAACAAAAAAGAGUCUGUACGCCGUGUCCUCGGGGUCGGGCGCGAGGUCUUUCACAAUCUCCGUGUGCUUCCCCAUCACUGCAGUGCCCAAGGCCAUACCUCUUGGUUUUGCAUGGGCCUUUUAGACUUUUUGAGUGUAAACUGUUAAUGCGUCACACUGAUGCCACGCCCCCUUCUUCCAGAAGAGUUGUAUCCAAAGACGUGCCUCACUCCAGAGAGCCUUUAGAAAAUAGUGGACAUGAGGUCGGCUCCGUUAUUCGUGGCGGUGCGUGAUGGAAACUGGACGUGGAUCAGUGGAUCAGUGGUGGGGGGGGGGGUAGUUAGAGUUUACCAAAUGCUCCAGAUUCACGAACACACAGCUAGAGUCUCCAGUCACCACCGGGUUUUGUUUUUUGUUCACGACCGUCAGAAUUCAUACGUUUCUCACCCCGUACCCGUGAUUUUUCAUGAAGAGGGCCCAUCGUGCAAAACCACCCGUGUGUUCCUCCGAGGCGAUCCGCCGCCGUCAACGCUGAAUCCAGGAAUGUGAACCGCGCCGCGAGCUAAAGUAUGCGCUUAUUGUUGCCUUUGUUUGUUUACGCUUCUGACUUAUUGAGAUGUGGAACAAAAGUCACGGGCCACGGUCGGGAGACGAGCGAUGAAGUAUGUUUAUUUCUGUAAAUACAGUAUUUAAAUAUUGUACAGAUGAGGUUUUUUUAGCAUUGUUCCUGCAGCUUUAGAACCAAGAGAGUGUGCGUGUGUGCAUGCGUGUGUGUGUGUGUGUGUGUGCUUUCACAUCUCCAGACAUUGUUUUCUCACCAGCCACAGCGGAGAGAGGCCGAGGCCGGCUCCAUAGAUCGCGUGUCGCCCGCUCGUCAUCUUUUCUUUUCUUUUUCCACAGUCACAAACAAAUAAACUUGAACGCCUCCGCCCUUAAAAAAAAAAAAAAAGAACUAUACAUUUUGAAAUGAUAACAGUGAAAUGUAAAUGUGUCCAGCUCCAUUUUCCAUCCCCACCCCGCAAGCCUGGAGGAGAGUUAAGUUCUGAAGGAAACUCACAGUGGAUUAUUGACACAGUCAAGUGGAAGUCAUAUGAAGACCAAGAGGCAUUUUAUUCUGAAAUUGUCGCUUUUUGUCAGACAUAGUCAGCAAUAAUGGACUUGAAAGCCACAUAACCAUAAGAUUAUGUUUAUGAGGAUUUAAAGUCUGAAGUAAAGAGUGCCUAGUAUGAAUACCGUGUGAUGUCAAGGAUCAUGAACCCUAUCCACACUUUAUAACGGAGGGCUGGUACCGAUGGCCAGAACCAGUACCCUCGACAGACCCCCCCGCCCCCCUUUUUCUAGAUCUGGAAACAAAGAGGAUCGAAUGCCGCUAUCGUUUAGAGAAGAAGUUCCGAGAGCACGUGGCACCGGGUCAUUUCGGGUACCGGUACAAUAGCUCCGGCACGGUCCGAACCAGUACGAAUCCAUGAGCGAGGGUCCAGAGCAUCGUCCCGGAACCGGGCCUUCGUCGCCUCGAAGGCCGGCGCUCUCCCUCAAGUAGUAGCAACGCAACUAAUUGCUGCAUUAACGUGGCGUUGGGAAGAUUUGUCUGUUCAAGAAAGUAAAAGAAAUAAAAUAAAAUGACAAAAAAAUAUGCAUUCCGACUAAAGACGAGCGCCUCGUCUUGAAGACGCUCGGACGGCAGAGACGCGAGACGCAGGCGACGAGCGCUGGAAUCGACCCGUUCGAUUGGACGGCAUCCAACGGGCCCGCCGCCGCCGCUCAAGCCAUUUCCUUCGUGUUCUCGUAGUUUGAACUGUCGUCUAAGUCACGGCGAGACGCCGCGGGGAUCCUGUCAUGCAUGCGCUGCAUGCGUCACGUAGGAACGACUCCACGGCAGACAAUUAGUUGAUUGCUAUUACUAAUGCACAGCGUCACGGUUUUACCACUGAUGGUGAUGAUGGUGGUGUUUUUCUGCCUGUGUCGGGGUCCCGCGGGCUCCGUGUGAUAUAACUCCCCGCCCACUUUACCGAUAACUCACCGACUCGGCUCGCGUUCCCUUCCACGCGUCUCCGUGCUCGCGGGACGACGUCGAGUGGAAAGGAGGGUUUAUUAACACGUGUUUUCUCGCGUUUUAUUCGGCCGGAUGAUUUACGAUGUAACGCAAGCCGUGAGUGUCGCGCGGUGUUCGGGACGCUCGUCGCGCAGCAGCUUUAAACGUACGAAGGCUCGUCGAGCCGGGCCUCCCCGAGGUCCACCGGGCCGAGGUGAGGGCGUGGUCGAGGUCGCUUAGCAUCAUUUAAAAAGUAACUGCUUAACACUAAAUCUAAAAUACACAAUCGUUCAGAAUAUGUUACCGCUUAGAAUGAUUGAGCUUCUAGUUAGGAUCAUCUCAGCCACUCUGAGACGCAACACAGUGCACACGCUGUUCUUCUACUUCUUUAUUGAUGAUGCAAAGGAUUUGUUCUUUUCUUCUUCUUUUUUUAAAUCUUGAGUUACUGAAAUGUCUUUUUUUUCCCUUCUUUUUUCUUUUUCCACACAGUUAUGGGUGUAUUUCAAUCAAUGCCAGGUAUUCACUGUCAAGACUGUCACCAAUAAAAUCUAAGUGUAUUUCAAGAGAACAUU